AUGCCCAGAAAACAGCAUUCCACUGCGAAACCAGCCCCGCCAAAAGCCAAUGUCUCACCAGACUGGCCAGUAUUCAAACCACUUUUGCCAACAUCGGAUAUCUACCUCGAGACUGUGGUCGAGUCGCAGAUUGUGGUAGCGCGCAAUUUCUGGACAGGGACGCUGUGUAAAAAUUAUGUGGCAUUUUUGAAAAGUUUGCCACUUACAACCACCCCAGGGAAACCGAAGAAAGGGGAGGCAUUGAGAGUCAAUGAUCGCUUUCAGAUUGUUGAUGAGACUUUUGCUAACCGACUUUGGGUUGAGACUGGCCUUAGAGAGCUAGUCUGUGGGAGAGGCGAGGGCGAGGAAGAAGAAGAUGCUAUGACUGCUGAGCAGAGAACGGAAUUAUGGGGAGGAAAGCCCAUCGGGUUAAACCCUUCUAUCAGAAUAUACAGAUAUUCGAAAGGGCAGUACUUUGAUUGCCAUUACGAUGAAAGCAAUGUCCUAACCAUCAAUACUAAACCGAAACCAAUACCAGCGAAAACGACCUGGACAAUCUUGUUGUAUCUGACGUCCCCCGCGACUGGGUGUGAGGGUGGCCAGACAGUAUUUUAUCCAGACGACUCGCCAGGCAAAGAGUCCACACUUGGUAAAGAGAUUGUGGUUGAGUUAGAGACAGGAAUGCUGCUUCUCCAUAAGCAUGGAGAUGACUGCAUGUUGCAUGAGGGUAGAGAAGUCACCGAGGGUGAGAAAUGGGUUAUUCGAACUGAUUUGUGUAUCGAAAGGAAUUGA